AUGAAAAAUGUCAGUAUAAUUACUGAGUUUGUCCUUCUGGGGUUGUCUAGUGACCCCCAGAUCCAGACCAUGCUCUUUGUGCUGUUCCUGGGGAUUUACCUUCUGACUUUGCUGGGGAAUCUGGUGAUGAUCCUGGUGAUCAGGGUGGAUUCUCGCCUCCAUACACCCAUGUACUUCUUCCUCGGACACCUAUCCUUCCUGGAUAUCAGUUUCUCCUCAGUCACCGUGCCCAAAAUGCUACAGAACUUCUUAUCUCAGAAUAAAAGCAUCUCAGUGUGGGGAUGCAUCACUCAGAGUUUCUUUUUCACUCUCUCUGGGGGAACAGAAGCUUGUCUUCUCUCUGCCAUGGCCUAUGACCGCUAUGCUGCCAUCUGCCACCCUCUGGUCUACACCAUGGUCAUAAACAGACCUCUCUGUAUUGUGAUUGUGAGCAUAGCUUGGACAAUGGGAUUUCUGAUUUCCUUGAUGAAUAGUCUCUUCAUCCACAAGUUACAUUUCUGUGAGUACAACAUCAUCCCCCAUUUCAGCUGUGAGCUACCUCCACUCUUUCCUCUCUCCUGUACUGAUCCCAUUGUCAACGAGAUUCUUCUAGCAGUGUCAUGUGCAUUUCUAGGGCUGCUGACACUUGCUCUGAUCCUCUUCUCUUACUCCAGAAUCAUUUCUGCCAUUCUGAACAUCCACUCCUCUGAGGGCCAGGCCAAAGCCUUCUCAACCUGCUCCUCCCACCUCACUGUGGUGCUCUUGUUCUAUGGGACAGCUCUAUUCAGGUACAUCAGCCCCGCCUCAGGCUCAGUGUUGGAGCGAGUGGUCUCCAUUCAGUACAGUGUGAUCACAUCCUUGCUGAACCCCCUCAUCUACAGCCUCAAGAACCAGGAGGUGAAGGCAGCUCUGCAGAGGAUGCUGAAGAAACAGAAGUGUGCCUUAGUAGAGUAA